CUCUCUUUGUUAUUAUUUGAGGAAUUUUCAACAUGGACUCGAAAAGGAUGGCUGGGGCGCCGCAGAACUUUCCCGUCGUGGGGUUCCCUCAGAUUCCGCCGGGUCUGGAAGCCUUGUACUCGUCAUGCCUACGAAUAUACAACGACCAGCCGAACCCCCUCCAAGUUGCUGCAGUUUUGAAAUACUGGCUCGGAGGACCAGACCCUCUCGAUUACAUCAGCAUGUACGCGAACCAAGGUGACGAAUCGAAACAGAUCCCGGCUCAUUGGCACUACGUGAGCUUCGGACUCUCCGACCUCCACGGCGACGGCAGAGUGCACGAGAUCUCUAACGCGGACAGUCCGAGCGGCUUCGGCUUCGAGCUGACGUUCCGGCUCCGCAAAGAGCCCGACGAGACGGGUCCACCGACGUGGCCGGCGGCCGUCAUGCAGGGGCUCGCCAAGUACGUAUUUCAAACGGGGAACGUGCUGUGCGACGGCGACCACGUCUCCUGGCACUGCCCGCUUGACAACAGCGAGUCGAGGAUCGAGCACAUGCUCAUGAUGGAGGACCCCCAACUCGGCACGGUCAACACCCCCUUCGGAGUAGUCAGCUUCAUUCAGAUUGUGGGUGUGUGCGCCGAGGAACUGAAAGCGGCGCAGCAGUGGAACGGGCGCAGCUUUGUGGCACUCAUGCAGCGGGUACCGGGUGCAGGGGGCCCCUGGCUAGUCACAGACAUGCGGAGAGGAGAGACUGUCUUCGAGCUUGACCCCGGCGUGCAGGAUGCGGUGGACCGGGGAAUCGAGACGGAAGGAUCGGACUUGAGCGGCGUCAGCGCCAAGUUCUGCUGGUCGGAGGAGUUCCCACCUGUGGCGCGGAGGGCCAAAGAGCAAGCAGCCACCACCCCUGCCGACAGCCCUAGCAUCUCCCACUACGAGUCGGAAGAGAUAAAGCGCACGCUGAAGAAGGGCCUGCUGGGCAGUCAGCCGAGCAGCGAGACUGAGGACAACGGUCUGGAGACGCGAGAGCUGGUGCAGACGCGGGCUUUGGAGGCGGUGCACCUGCAGCUCAAUCUGGAAGCUGGCUUGCUCUUUCCUUUGGCGCUCAGGGGUAGGUUGAAGCACGGUCGCCAUUUCACCUUCAAGAGCUCGGUGGACUGCGCGGCUGUCACCUUUGUGGUGCCCACUGUCAUCGGUGCCUUUGCCAAUGCUGAACAACCAUACGCAGUGCAAGGCUCUUGGUUGCAGGUGCUGUUAACGGAAGACCUGGUGUCUGAAAUGACAGCACGCAUGGAAGAACUGUGCAGUGCUGAAGGGUUGACGCUCCCAAAGACGUACACAUGGCCCGAGCGAAAAAUGUCCAUCACACUCAUGCCCGAAGAACUCUGAGUGCUUCCACGACAUUGGUGUAGAGUCCUACAAAUCUCAGUAUCGAGGAGACCUGUUCAUUGUUUCCUCGGAUGCAAAUACUCCCGAAGACUGUCACUCUCUGUCGAGACUGUGCCGGCGAAUUGUGGUGUUAACACAGAGGUCGGCAGGUGGACAAUAGUGUCUGGUUGUCCUCACUGCCAACGGAGUUUUGUACAUUUGCUGUGGCUUCUUCGGUAAACUCGUGGCCAUCGUUACCAGCUCCGCAAAGCAGAGAGUGUCAUCGAGUCGGACUGCUUGUGCCUUACUCAACAAAUCUGAGCUCUUUAUUAAAUAAAAGUUUGAAGUGCACCGACAUGGA